GACUUGGUCUUUUCGGAUGUAACAGUGUCGACCAAUCUGGACAAUUGGUUGUGUACAAAAAGAAAAGGAUAAGACACUCUUAUCACAAGCUGCUUGGUUCAACCAAUAAGAGAAAGCUGCCAAGAAUGUUGACUUCUGACAGUUUUAUAUCUUGGUGAAGAAUUGAAAAAAUGGAAGAUGACUAAUAUUCUUUCAUUUCUUUUUUCUAUUUUGUCUCUACUGAUCCAUCUGAGUUGAACUGAAUAAAAUAAUAAUAAUAAACUCAGGAAAAAACCCCUGAAAAGUACAGCUUUUAGAAGAACCCUAAUAAUCACGUCACAAAAACAUGUCUCUCUCCUCUCCCCUUCUAACGGAACUUUCCUCUGAACCCAACGGUUCUUUUUCCGUCCCCGUCGUUGGGAGUGCUCCUGCUCAACCCGAAAGCGCCAUUAACAUUCUUCAACCACCAGCCGCAGAUUGCAAAGAUCUGUAUGACAAGAAGGAGGGAGGAAGGAUCAAUACAUCAACAACAGGGGAGAUUCGUGCAGAGAAUGGACAAGGCAGAGGAAGGACAGCAGAAGAUAUAAAGAAAAGGGGGAUUUGGAAACCGCCAGACUGGGGGAAAUCGACCUUCCGCUGUCAGAAAGGGGAGAAGAAGAACAGAGAAGUACAAAGGAAUAGAAGGGCUACUGGAGAUUACCCAGAAGUAGACACCAGCAAUAGGAAGAGGAGGGACGGAAGUCUUGAGCCAAGUGCAGAUGAAGCAGAGGCAGAAAAGCAGAACAUGAGUAAUACCAGUCAACAGGGGAAUAAUGAAUGCAUUGACAAGAUGCAAAACCACAUCCAGCAAGGUGAAAUUAAAGGCAGUCUGCCGAAAGAAGGAUUUAAAGAGGGCGAGAAGGGGAGGAGGAGGGCACCUGCUUUUGAGAGAAAUCCCAAACCCAGAACCCUCUACAGCUCAAAACACCCCCUGUUUUACCCUGCAAACAACAAAAACAGAAAAGACAGAGAAAGAACCCCUCCACUCACCAUGGACAUCAACAACAACAGAGCCCCUAGCAGAGCCAGAGAGGAGAGCAGGCUUACCCAAUCAUCCAUAAGAAGCAGAGCUGAUCGUCCAAUCCUCACUUCCACAGGAGGCAGAGGUAUUUCCAUGCUUCUGGGAAAGAUGUUGACCGAGAACAGAGUAGCACUGGCAAAGGCAGCGGGUGCGGCACGCUAUGCUUGGGGGGGAUAUGGAGAGGUAAAUGUCCAACCUACUGAGACACAGAACCUCUUCAUAUUCACCUUUAGCAAUGAAGAAAUUAGGGAAAAGAUAUGGAGGGUAAGACCAUGGAGUCUGUCAAACACGCUGACUGCAGUGGAGAAGUACAACGGGAGGGGCAAACCAGAAGAAGUGCCAAUGGAGAAGGUGGCUAUGUGGGUACAAAUUCAUGGUAUGCAUCAAAACCAGAGGAGCGAACAGAACAUGGUGGUGAUCGGAACUCACUACUUCCCGGGGUUCCUCGAUUUGGACAGAGCUAGCUUGGAGUUCUCCGGGUACAGAAAAUUCUUGAGGAUUCUGGUGGAGGUCGAUCUAAGAGAGCCAGUCCCGAUCGGAUUCGACUUUCCGUUCACAGAUGAAAUCACAGGAGAAGAGCACUGCGACAUUAUCGAUUUCAAAUACGAGAGGCUGGUGGAAUUGUGCUAUUUCUGUGGGAGAAUUGGACACAAUUGGCCGACCUGCUGGAGAAUGAACGAAGAGAGAAAGAGGAAUGGGAUCGCUUACCUAUCUGAAGUUUACAAUUCGUCGCUGAAAGCGGGAAUUGACUCACCCCACAGGAACCAGGCGGCCAGUUUCAGAAGCAGCAGGGAGGGGGGAAAGCUCCCAAGGCUCAUCAGCGGGAAGGGAGAGAAUGAGCUCGGGAAGUCAGGGGCGCUGGAGGGAAGAAGAGGGAGCGAUGGCGGGAAGGGAGAGGGCGAGCUCGGGAAGCCAGGGAAGAUGGAGGGAAGAAGAUGGCGGGGCGAGGUCGGCAACGGAGGGAGGGAACUUGGAAGGGAACAUACAAAUCCCUCCAGGUUUCACAGUAAGAAGGGUGGAGCAGGGAUUCCAUGGAGAGGAAGAACAAGAGACGCAGGGCAGAGGAAGAGGAAGAUACCGAAAGGAGAUGGGAGCAACAAACCUGAGUUGGGAGAUGGACAGGGCAGCGGCGGCGAUGGAGAAAGGGCUGUGUUUGGAAGAGGAACGGCUCAACCAGGAAUUUGGGCGGCCAAUAGUGGAGACUGCCCUUUCUCUUGGGCCAACCCAACAAGUCCCUUCGGCCCAUCAAGAAAUACCAGCUCAAAGUCUGAAUCAAGCAGGCCUUUUUUUGAGUGCUGAUUAUCAGCACACACAAGAACUUGGGGAGGAAGGAGCGGGCCGCCAACAAAAGAAGAGGAAGGGGAUGGGCCUGGUUGGUGGAGAUAGGCCCAGGGCCGAAUUGGGAGAAGAAGAGGCCUUCCAAUUUGGGCCAGCAGGUGGAUUUGAAGUAGGAGGGCUUGGGGAUGGGACCAAAAAGAAGAAUUUGAAGGUAAAAUCUCUGCACCCUAACACCUCCAAGGGGAAUCAAAAUGAAAUCAAUCAAGAGGGAAGAGGGAAGAAGAAUAAGGCAGCGGUGGUUCGCCAGAAGCCACCUCUUCAAGAAUGAGUAUCGUAAGUUGGAAUUGUAGGGGAUUUGGCCCAACCCUUACAAGAAGUUAUGCGAAACGUCUCUGUAGACGUUUAGGCCCUUCGAUUGUCUUCCUCAUGGAAACAAGCAAGAAUGAAUCCUUCAUGGAGGA